CCGCGUACCGAAAGCGCCACCCCGUGGUGUCGUUGCCACCGAACAGCAACGGGGACAAUGCCAGCCCGGCCCGGGGGAGGGACACGCGGCUCCCCCAGCCCUGUCGGGGUGAGGGCCUGCCGAGCCCCCGGGAAAGGGGGGGUUCCCCCCGGGGGUGCUGCGGGCUGGGCACGGACUGGCUCAUCGCAGCUCCGGCUGGGGCUGGGAUAUCCCUGACCCUCCCUCUCCCUGCAGGGGAAGCCACCCGCGCUCCCCGCCCCGCCCGAGGGUGGGGAGCACCCAAACACCGGGGACCUCGCAGCCUCGUGAGUGUCGCCCGCCGCUGCCGCGCUCUGGGACGUGGCGUGGGCAGAGGCGGGGGCACCGCUGAUGCGAGCACCACCGGGACCCCUCUGCUGGGAUGGAUGGGGCACACCCCGUCACUCGACAGCACCCCUGCCCGCAAGGACCGACCCCGGCUGUCCGCGGGGAGCUGCCCCUCGCGGGCCGGGCCGUGCCGCCGCCCUGCCCGCGGUCGCACCGGGGGUCGCGUCCCGCCCGCCCCGCCGGGGCUGCCCCGUCCUCACCCCCCCGAGACCUCCCGCCGCCAGGCGGCGCGCGUCACCCCCGCGAAGGCGCUCCGCUCGCUCUCCUCUGUCCGGCCAAUCAGCGCGCGGCGUUCCGGCGGGAAGGCGGAAGUGGCGCUGCCGCGGCGCGGCCAUGGCGGAGGCGCGGCCGCUGCGGCUGCUGGCGCUGCACGGGUACCGGCAGAGCGCCCGCCGCCUCCGCCAGCGCACCGGCGCGCUCCGCAAGGCCCUGCGCGGCCGCGCCGAGCUGGUGGCCAUCGACGCGCCGCACCGCUUGCCCGCCGGCGCCGAGGACGACCCCGACGCGGAUGACCCCCCCCGCGGCUGGUGGUUCUCCGGGCCCGGCACGUUCGAGGCGGGCGAAGCGGCCGCGGCUCCGGCGGGGCUGGAGGAGUCUCUGUCGGCCGUGGCGGCGGCGCUGGCGGAGCACGGGCCCUUCGACGGGCUGCUGGGCUUCAGCCAGGGCGCGGCGCUGGCCGCCAUGGUGUGCGCCCUGCGGGCCCGCGGCGACCCGCGCUUCCCGGUGGCCUUCGCCGUGCUGGUGGCCGCGUUCGCCAGCCGCGCCCCGGCACACGGACACUUCUACCGGGAGCCCAUCGCCCUGCCCACGCUGCACGUCGUGGGCGACACGGACGCCGUGAUCGCAGCGCCCCUGAGCAGGGAGCUGGCGCAGUGCUUCGUGGAGCCCGUGGUGCUCACGCACCCCGGCGGGCACUUCAUCCCCGCGGCGGCGGAGCAGAAGAAAGCCUACCUGGAAUUCCUGGAACGCUUCUGCCCCCGGCAGGGCCAGGCCGAGCGCCCAGCGGCUGGGGAGGUUUGAGAACGGGCGCUGUAAUAAAAAAAGGGCUCUGGUGAGCCGCGUGCAGCCAUCCAUCCCGUGAAACAUCACUGUGUCCGUGCCUCCAGAGGGACCAGAGAACAGCUCACUGCACAUUCUGCUCUUCAGUGUUCACCCAGGCCAGGCUAAAUGGUUCUUUAUCUCCCUUUUUUUCAGCUUUGUUGUAUACAUCAGUAUAAAAUAUAUAUGUAUAUAUACGUGUGUGUAUA